GAAAUCAAACACGCUCCUCCUUCAACACGUGCACAUAUGACAAACAUGUUUUUCGUUCCUGGUUUGCGAUGCCUUUGUGAGUGUAAUUUUCACAUUUAUAAGUUACGGUAACCAAUUAACUUUAAUACUUUUAAGUAAGCACGUUGAUAGGGAGAUGGAGGCAGAAAAUGAUCCCGGGAAGAGAGACUUUCUACAGCCAUCUGAUAGUGAGAUUCAUACAUGGAUGUCAAAGGCGUUUGGCAUGGCAUUGGAGGCUCUUGAUAAUGGAGAGGUUCCAGUUGGCUGUCUGAUGGUUUAUAACAAUGAAAUUAUAGGAAAAGGAAGGAAUGAGGUGAAUGAAACUAAAAACGCUACACGUCAUGCUGAAAUGGUGGCACUGGAUCAAGUGCUCGAUUGGUGUCGUUUUAGAGAAAAGGACUCAAAGGAGGUUUGCGGACAGACUGUACUGUAUGUGACAGUGGAGCCGUGCAUCAUGUGUGCGGCUGCUCUGCGUCUGCUACACAUACCUUUCGUUGUAUAUGGGUGCAAGAAUGAACGUUUCGGAGGCUGUGGCUCAGUCCUGGAUGUCUCAUCAGAUGAUUUACCACACACAGGGACUUCAUUUAAGUGCAUCUCGGGCUACAGAGCAGAAGAGGCGAUCGAAAUGCUCAAGACUUUUUAUAAACAGGAAAACCCAAAUGCUCCUAAACCUAAAGUAAGAAAAGAUUCAAGUAGUCCACCAGAUGGCGAUGUAGCCAUUGAGAUGAAACCACAAGAGUAGGGAGAAACAAAAGCUCCUUUUACCUGAAUUGGAAAAUUGGAGAGGAACCAGCGACCACAUCGUCUCAUUAGCUGGACCACAUCGCUACUAAAUCUCUGAAUUUCUGCGUACUUGUUGGCUUUUCUGUGCGACUAGAAGCUGUGUGUGAUUUGUUAACAGCGCAGCGAGGUGAUAGACUCAGUCUGCAAUGUUUUAACAGCACCAGUUGCUCUCCAAAUGUCCUCAUUUAACCCAGAACGUUGCUUUUGAAACCUCGAUGAUCUCAGUCCUAAGCUCAUCAAGCAGAUGCACGGGCAGAUCCUGGAGGAGUUUCCAGUAACCUCAUAGCGAAAGAAUUUAAUUUGAAAGUUCACCUGUGGUGCAGACUUACAGAAAUACCCAAAUGCAUUCAGGAUGUGCUUGAACCUUCAUCACUUCCACUUGUCGUGAAACUAUUCGUGUCAUGUUGCAUUUGUGGUUCUAAAAGUUUACUGUAGAGCACAUGAACAAUAUGGUAAUGGUAUCUGAACCCCACAUUAUUAAAUUGCCAUGUAAUGUGUUAUUAGUGGCUGGAAGUGAGAUGUUUGUGGGUGCGUAUGAAAGAGAAAUCAAGUGGUUUUGGAAGUAGAUGUGAGCUGUUUAAGAUGGUUAAAUCUGUUCUGUUGUAUUUCACUGCCUGUCAUCUUGCGUGGUUAAGGGUUUGUGUAUUUAAAAUUCACCCUCAACCUUUGGUAACUUCUCUGUUUUUGUCAUUUUAAGUAGAGAUCGCAUGCGUUUUAUUGUUUUUCGUGAUAAAUGAUCUGACGUUGAGCGCACACAGAUGGACUUAUGUACUUUUUUGACGAAUAAAUCAAACUCAUUGUGUUA